UCGAAUAUCAGACAUGGUGUCCAUGUGGAAAGGAAAAGUCAGAAAAAAGAUGUCUUAAAUUUGGGCUUUUUUAUUAAGACUUUGUAAAAUAAAUACCCCAACGAUGCCUGCUGUGUCAGGGAAUAGCUCUAUUAGUCCCAGUAUAGCCGUAGAAUCGCUUGAGAAUGCGGCAAAAGAGGUAGAUCGUCAACUUCAAGCUGAUCGACAGUAUCCUGAUCUUGCAGAACAACUGAGGAUAUCUUCUGGUGGUGGCGUGUCGUUCAGUGGAGUCAAUGACUAUGACUAUCCUUCUCUGUCCUCACCAUCUGUUGGCCUGGCGGGUAUGGAGCUCCUUAGUACAAUCAAAAGAAUUCCACUUCCUGCAGAGCUCGUGGAACAGUUUGACCACAUGCAGUGCAACUGCAUGAUGGGAUUGUUUCCUGAGAUACGCCGAGCUUGGCUGACUAUAGAUAGUGAUAUCUUUGUUUGGAACUAUGAAGAUGGGAGUGAUUUAGCAUAUUUUGAUGGUCUUAGUGAGACUAUUCUGUGUGCUGGACUGACCAAACCCAAACCAGAGAUACUAGCAGAGUCAGUAAAGUACAUCUUGUGUUUGACAACACCUGUUGACAUUGUUCUUCUUGCUGUUACAUUCACACCUAAAUCCAGAGGUGGUUUACCAGAUGAUGGUUUCGCUGAAAUGCACCUGCAACCAGAUCCUCUGUUUUCAAUUCCCUCUGAUAAUGUCUACAUGACCUGCGUCACUGGCACAUUUUAUGGCAGGGUAUUUGCUGGUGGUAAAGAUGGCUGUCUGUAUGAAAUAGCUUACCAGGCCGAAGACAGCUGGUUUCAACGAAAAUGCCGUAAAAUCAAUCAUUCUUCAAGUACUUUAUCAUUUUUGGUUCCGUCUUUCUUGAAUGUCUCUGGUGAAGAUGCCUUAUGUCAGUUGGCUGUCGAUAACACAAGGAAUAUAUUGUACACAAGAUCUGAGAAGGGAACCAUACAGGUUUAUGAUCUUGGUUCGAACGGCAAAGAAACAAGAUAUGUGGCCAGUUUGAACCAAGAAACCAUAUCACACAAGGCCGCUGUUGCCACAAGGACGUCAGACUACAGUAACUUCAAACCCAUUGUACAUAUUGCACCAGUGUCUAGAAAUGAGUCAGACCAUCUUCAUCUUGUGGGUGUCACACACGCUGGUGUCAGAUUGUACUUUAGUACCAUGCCAUUCAGAAACCCACUAGAAAGACCAAACAGACUGAAUCUUGUCCAUGUCAGAAUGCCUCCAGGUUUUGCACCAUCUGCUGCUUCAGUCCGUCCUACAAAUGUUCAUGCUUCAUUCUACAGACAAGGUAUAAGCUUACUUGCAUCAUCACGGACAGAAGACACUGAUGUAUUAUGGGUAACAAGUGCCAACCCGUUUCCCUUCCAAACUCCUCUCAAAGAAAUGCAGGUUACUCUUCCACUUGAUGGUCGCACUUGGGCUGUAAGUGAGGUGCCUGAUUUUGCUGCUAAUUUAAUCAGUCCUUGUCCCGUACUCUUUGAGAAGUGGCCUGAACCACCAAUCGUGGUGAAGCAGCAUGCAUUGCCUCAGAGGUCGUUUGUACUUCUUAGUGCAAAGGGAAGUUACUUGAUGUCCAGUUAUCGGCCGGUAGAACAGCUCCAGCAGCUUCUCAUUUCUUCUCAAGGAUUUGAUUCUGAAGCAGUUCAAGCAUUUUUCAAGCUUCACAAGGAAAAUCAAGCAUGUGCUAUUUGUCUAGUACUUGCUUGCUCGACACAGUCAACUAACCAACAGGUAUCAGAGUGGGCGACAAGGGCAUUCUUUAAGUAUGGUGGUGAAUCUCAACACUCAAUAACAGGAGCCAUGGCAACAGAUGGUGGAGUAGAUCCCAGUUUCAAUAUGGGUAGUCCCUUGUCAGGGGGGGUACAUGCUGGUAGUUACCUGGGGACACCAGCGACUAGACAAGGACAAAAUGGUACGCAGCCAUUUGGACAGAGCUAUUCAACAUCAACUCCUCAUCCAGGAAUGACGGGAGGUGCCGUGUUUCAACCUGAUUUCAACAAGUCUGCUAAGCAUGAUGGGAUAUGCCUUUACAUUGCUAGGAUACUUGGAACAUUGUGGGAUGGUAAGCUUGUUUAUGAAGAAUUUGCUACCCAGCCUACAUCUGGGAAUACCAAGCCUCCAGUUAUCUUCAAGAGUCGUUUCACUUGUGAGCAGCUUGCUUGGUUUUUAGACAAGAUGAAGGAGCUACAAUGUUGGAUGGAAAACAACCUUCAGUUUGUUGCACCAUACGUAGACAGCAGUUUUCCACACAUGUCUAUAAUGGGAGAUCAGUCCCUUCUCCAACAGUCUCACCAAGAAUCGUUUGUUGCUGAGAGAAAAGCACUGUCUAACUUGAAGAAUCUGGUUGAUAGAAGCUGUGAAGCAGUUGGGUUGUGGCAACUGUUAUGUGAGCAUGAUAUCUCUGCCGUUACAUCUCGCAUGGAUACUGCACCAAGAGAUAGAUUAAGACGCUUGAGGUUCAGAGACCUGGUCACUGCUGGACAAGAGGUUUGCAGUGGUCUUAUAUCAUCACUGAUGAACUGUUUCCUGGAUGAUAGUAGCUCAACAGAUGCAAUCAGUGAGAGACUUCGAGAGAUCAGUCCUAGUUUGUACAGUGAUUCUGAUGCUAUAUGCACAAAGGCUGGUGAACUUUUAACCUUAGCAAAGAAAACUACAAAUAAAUCAGAACAAUCUAGACUCCUAAAGGAAGCAUUACAGUGUUAUCGACAAGUCACUCACCAAGUCAAUUUGGAACUUAUCUGUUCCAUAUUUGAAUCAGUCCAUUUCUUCGAGGGUGUAGUAGAAUUGUGUCUUUAUGCUGCUUUGAAGAAAGACCCACAAGGCUUAGCACUACACUUCUACAGGAAUAGUGAAGCACCAGGAGAUGUCCAGGGACAAGAAGCCAUGAUAGCAAGGAAAUACUGCUACAAGUGUCUAACAGAUUGCUUCCAGCGUCUGUUGGCUGUUCGCCUAUCCCCACACCAGUCUCCUAGUCUGCCGUCACGGCCAGGUCCACCACCAGCACCAGACCCCAAUGAACUCACACCAGAAGAUGCUGAUAGAUAUUUGGAACACACUCUUUCUUUAUCCCUGUCAUCAUCAGAUGAGUUAUGGCAUCUUUGCUUGUAUCAGUGGCUGAUUGACAAUGCUCUGACUGAGAGACUCCUCGAGAUCAAGUCUUCGUAUUUAGAGACGUAUCUGAAACAAUCUGCAGCAAAUCAGCAUCCAAACGAGCAGAAGAUUCUUGAUUUGUUGUGGAGAUACUACGAGAAAACCAAGAACUACUCUGCUGCCGCUAGGGUGUUGUCCAAACUGGCCGAAAAAGAAGGACCAGGGAUAAAUCUUGAACAGCGUCUGGAGUAUCUGUCUCGUGCCAUCAUGAGUGCCAAGAGUAGUAACCUAAGGACAAGCACGAGCUCAGAGGGAGAGUUUCUUCAUGAACUGGAGGAAAAACUAGAGGUUGCGCGCAUUCAGCUUCAAGUCUACCACACGCUGUCCCGCAUGAAUAAAUCCCGUCAGACAAGAAACAUCGAGGAAGCCUUGGUAGAACUGAAUGGGCGACUCAUGGACGUAACCACGUUGUACGGAGAUUUUGCCGAUGUUUUUAUGUUAGCUGAGUGUAAACUAGCAAUCGUUCAUUGUGCUGGACAUUACGACCCGACGCUUAUCGAGACAUUGUGGCGGGAAAUCAUCGACAAAGAGUUGCGUGACUCGGCUCAUUGUUCUCCCAGUGACCGUAUCACCAUCAUUAGCAAGAAGAUAGUAACGUUAGGAAAAACAUAUGUGCAUUCUGAAAGAUACUUCCCUCUAGGUGCAAUAAUUCUAAUGCUGGAAAAGAAGAGUGCCGAGCUGGACUGGGACCCAACAUGGGUGUUUAUGUCGAUGCUUGAGAUUGGAAUUCCGUUCCCAGUCCUUCACGGCGUCUAUGAUAGACUCUUCAAAGCAAAGGACCCUUGUUGGCAAGCCAUAGACAAACCUUUGCAUAUCUUAGACGUCUUGUAUCAUUUGCUAUCACGAUUCGUCGAGUUACCGUCAUUAAUAGCGCCUUACGACAGACCGGCAUUUACGACAGCUUUACACGACGCAUGCGCAACCUACUUGGUGGAACUGGAGUCCAUCUGCUCACGUGACCGUACUGUUCAAACUACCCUGGCAAAGUUUAAGGCCCUACAGUCUCGUCUCAAGCGAAUGCUUUGAAAUCCACUCUCUUGAAGUUAGUUUCAGCGAGUAAGGCUUCUUGUGUUGCAAUGUUUCCGAAUGAAGGACUUGACGUUCUUUCUAGCAACAUCUACAAAGACAAGCGUGAUUUAAGUCUACAGUAUACUUCUAAAUAACAGUUGCUAGAGUGGGGGAAAUGUGUACGAAAAGUGUUUAGUUCAUGUAAUUUGGCCAUUCUAUGAAAGAAAACCAUUUCUUGUCAUUAAGCUUUGGCAAGCCAUUCAUGUGCAGUUUUUCGCAACCUGGAAACCAUUCCAAUGCCUAUUGGAAGCUAUGUUAAUGCUAUCAUUGAUGGACGCAAUAGAAACCCAUUCCAGUGCUCUAUCAUUUGAUGAUAGCUUCUAAUUGCAUGUUACUUACUGCAUGUGUCAUGUAGUCACUAUAUCGGAAGCCAUUUAUAUGUCGGCCAUGCUAAAAUACACAAGAUACCAUAUCGCUGUCCAUGGAAGCCAUUUCAGUGCAAAUUUCCCGCUUAUUCAAAACCACUCUACUUGUCAGUAGCUUCUAUUUUUCUAAGAAACUUUGAUUCAAUUCUAUACAACAUUAACCAAUCACAAACCAGGACUGAUUGUAACAUCGGUACUGGCUUAUGCAUUUUUAGAACCGACAUGUUGUAAUGCGAAAGGAAAUAUAACUAAGAAACAAAUAUCGACUGACCACACAAAUAAUUCAGGGUUCUAAUUUUGUUAAGAUUUUUUUUCUCGCAGACAAAAUCCAUUUUUCGCAACAUUUAAUGAUAUAUUGAAGUUGAUUUUAAAAUACUUGUUUCCAAUAAAAUUCUUAGUAAAUAGUC